AUGGUGAGAAGAUGCCUGCUGAGCAUCAAACCGUUCAGGAUCUUUGUGGUGGGGAUCGGCUUCUUCAGCCUGUGCUUUUUAAUGACCUCUCUGGGAGGCCAGUUCUCGGCCAAACGUCUCACCGACUCUCCGUUUACCGCCCGCACCGAAGUGUUUGGAGGGGUGGAAUCACGAGGUGUCCUGAGGAAAAUCAGCGACAUGUUGGAGAUCAUCAUGAAAAGGAUGGACACUCUGUCAAGACUGGAGAACGCUAAUGACUCACGGCGUCUGGAGGAGCUCAGCUCAGCCAUUAGCAGGAUUCAGCCAGCAGGACUGGUGGAGAGAAUUCAGGCCAUCGCCCAAAACGUGUCAAACAUCGCAGUGCGAGUGGAGCAAAUUCUUCAGAGCAGCAUGGCAGCAUCAAGAGUUGUGAGAGAUGGAACGGCGAGUCAGUGUGAAGUUCCUCGAGACCUGCACUACCCUGACUGCGCUAGUAAAGUGGAUUGGAUGAGGGCUCGGUGGACAUCAGAUCCGUGCUACGCCUUUUACGGAGUCGACGGCUCGGAUUGCUCCUUCCUCAUUUACCUGAGUGAGGUGGAGUGGUUCUGCCCCCCUCUGGCCUGGAGGAACUACAACACAACACCUGCAGUGCUGAAAAGCUCGGCUAAAAGACAAGCGGCUUUCCGUACGGAUCUCGGCACUCUGUUGGAUCAGGUCGGAACAGGGAAAGAGUCUCUGAGUUUUAUGAAGAGACGGAUCCGCAGGUUGGCAGUGCAAUGGGCUACAGCCGCACAGAGACUCGACCUGAAGUUGCGCCGACGAUGGAGGGAGCAGAAGAAGAUUCUGGUGCACGUGGGAUUCCUGACAGAGGAAUCGGGCGACGUUUUCAGUCCUAAGGUUCUGAAAGGCGGACCUUUGGGAGAGAUGGUGCAGUGGGCCGACAUUCUCACAGCUCUCUACGUCCUUGGACACAACCUGAAGAUCUCCGUUUCAGUCAAGGAGCUCCAGGGGUUCCUUGGCGUGCCACCUGGGAGAGGAAGUUGCCCACUUACAGGACCUUUGCCCUUUGACCUCAUUUACACUGACUACCAUGGAUUACAGCAGAUGAAGCAGCACAUGGGGCUGUCCUUAAAGAAACACAAGUGCCAUAUUCGAGUCAUAGACACGUUUGGGACAGAGCCAGCCUAUAACCAUGAGGAAUAUGCAACUUUACAUGGCUACAGGACGAACUGGGGAUACUGGAAUCUCAACACCAGGCAAUACAUGACCAUGUUCCCCCACACCCCAGAUAACUCCUUCAUGGGCUUCGUAUCCGAGGAGCUGAAUGAGACAGAGAAACACAACAUCCAGCAGAACAAAGUGAAGAACAUGGCAGUUGUGUACGGCAAGGAGGCCAGCAUGUGGAAGCUAAGCCAAGGUAAAGAGAAGUUCCUGGAGAUUCUACAUCACUAUAUGGAAGUACAUGGGACAGUGUACUAUGAGACACAGCGGCCCCCUGAGGUCCCUGCCUUUGUUAAGAAUCAUGGACUUCUGCCUCAACAGGACCUGCAACAGCUUCUACGCAAGGCCAAGCUCUUCAUUGGCUUUGGUUUUCCCUAUGAAGGACCCGCCCCUUUAGAAGCAAUAGCCAAUGGAUGCAUUUUUCUGCAGCCCAAAUUUCGUCCUCCGCACAGCUCACUCAAUCAUGAGUUCUUCAGAGGGAAACCAACGUCCAGAGAGGUCUCCUCUCAGCACCCGUACGCUGAGCAGUACAUCGGCCGACCUCAUGUCAUGACCGUGGACUACAACAACUCGGAGGAAUUUGAAACUGCUGUGCAUGAGAUUAUGAGGACGAAGGUGGACCCUUACCUGCCAUAUGAGUAUACAUGUGAGGGAAUGCUUGAGAGAGUGCAUGCUUACAUUCAGUAUCAGGACUUUUGUGGUGUGGAGGCUCCAUUCCCCCCUGCAAACAUAUCCGUGGUUUGGCCUGGAGGCUUGUUCAUGCAGAUGGGUGACUCGGGACUCGUCUCGUGGGCGGUGAACUCCACAGCGCCGCCCUGCUGGCCUCCUCUCAGUGCUCUCAGACUCACCAUAUCAGCCGAGGGGCAGUCAUGUGUGGAUGCAUGCAGGAGCUUGGACCUGGUGUGUGAACCGGCCUUCUUCCGCUUCGUCAAUAACAAGGAGGCACUGAGCAAGCUGCAGGUGCAGUGUGAAGUGGUGGAAUUUGAGAUGAAUCACAUUUUUCCGGCGUUUUCCACGACGGCGCGUGAGUGCGGCCUGCAGAAAGAGCCUCUGCUGUUCAGCUGCGCUGGGUUCGGUGCAAAAUACAGACGCGUGUGUCCAUGCAGGGACUUCCGUAAAGGACAAGUGGCGCUGUGUCAGGACUGCUUAUGA